CACGUCACUCCCCAUCUCACCUCCAACCUCCCCUCACUACUGCCACCCCAACACACUCAUUCCUGCUGCCCAACUCUAUUUUGUUUUCUCCAACAGGUGUUGGGAUUCGAGGUGGACUUAAUCAACUCAGUCCAGUUCUCCAACCACACAGGAUAUGAUCACUGGAAGGGACAAACCAUGACAGCAGAAGAACUGCAAACACUGUAUGAAGGGCUCCAACUGAAUGAUGUAACUCGCUAUGACUAUGUCCUGACAGGUUACACCAGAGACACUUCAUUUCUGGAUAAGGUGAUGGAAAUUAUUCAGGAGCUGAGGAGACAGAACCCCAAACUGGUUUAUGUCUGUGACCCUGUGAUGGGUGAUAAAAGGAAUGGAGAUGGAUACAUGUAUGUUCCGGAAAAUCUUCUUCCAGCUUACAAAGAGAAAGUGGUCCCCCUCGCUGACAUCAUCACUCCAAACCAGUAUGAAGCAGAAAUUCUUGCAGGAAGGAAGAUGAAUACAGAAAAGGAGGCGAUUGAGGUUAUGGAUAUUCUCCAUGCAAUGGGUCCUGACACUGUUGUGAUCACAAGCUCUGAUCUCCCCUCUGCUUUGGGGGACAAUUACUUGGUGACCCUUGGCAGCCAGAGAAAGGUGAUUGCAGGUGGUUCACGAGUGACUGAGCGAAUCCGGAUGGAGAUUCCAAAGGUGGAUGCUGUGUUUGUGGGGACAGGGGACUUAUUUGCUGCUAUGCUUCUGGCUUGGACACAUCAGCAUCCCAACAACCUGAAGAGCACACAGUUUCCAAGGAAAUCGAGUGAGAACAGCGUGGAGAUUUUGUUUUCUUUCUCCACGCAGGCAAGAGAGAGAUUGAAGUCCUUCCUCUUCUGACAGAAUUGCUCACAUACAAGACUAGUCAUUUCUGCCAAAAAUCAACCAUAUGGAUAAGUACGCAACAAAUGAUGAAUUGAAAGCAACAAUCAGAGGCACGUCUCUGGGAAAAACAACCUUGAAAACAAGCAUGCACUCCUACGCAUAUACAUGCACAACCACCAUGAGGAUAGUAAUAUUGUAGAUACAACUCACAAUCAAUUGCAGUCACUCAUUUCAACAUUCAACAUCUUCCAGAAUUUCUUUGCUUGAAAGCAAAACCCUUUCCCAUCUUUUAGUUCACUGUCCAAAACAAGUGGUUGUUAACGUCAUGUGUCAGCCAGAACACGAAAAAAGGGCUGAAUUCCUUCCCAAAAGUUUCAGCAGGCCAUUGACUUCUUUGUAUACUGAAUUGUUUUUUUUGUAUUUACAUUCCCAAUCACUGGUGGCAUUUGAACUUGUACCUUUGGAUCAUUCAGGUCUCUGGGAUACAAGUCCAGUAAUAUCAUCACACUCUCCUGGGUCAAUACUCCCCAAAUGUGGGGGAGAGUCCCACACUCACUGACUGUUGCUGGGAAUGUAGAUGGACACUCUCGCUUGCGAGUGCUCUCGUGCUAUCACGUGCUCUCACCCUCCCUGGAGGACAGCGAAAACAUAGUGUACUGUAGCCAAAUUUACAGCGAGUAUAACAAUUGUUGGAAAGUCAACUUGUGAGAGGGAUACAAACAGUUAACAAAUGUUGAUAGGUUAGCUAAGUUAAAGUUGGCAAAUGGAGGAUAAUUUGGGAGAAUGUGAACAGGGAACAAAAGGAACAAUAACGUGUAAAUGGAGAAAGCAGCCUCACAAGGGGACUUGGGGUACCUGUGCAUGAAAUAAAGUUAGCACAUGGGGCACUCCCUUUCUUUAAGGAAAGGUGGAGAGAUAAAUGGGAGGGCUCAUUUAUCUCUCCACUCCUCUGAGGCUCCCAGAGUCA